GAGUUUUCACGAGAUUCAAUAAACCACAUCUCUCUGUUUCCAUGGAAACCGUGGCCUGGGCGACACGGGGAUCAGCGGUCACGAUUCACAUUAACGUAAAUAAAAUCUCGAUGUUUUUACAAAUAAACUCUUGUCUGUUGUAAAGCAGCAGUAAGCGCUUCAGUCCGCGUCUUCAAUAAUCUUUAUCAUCUGUCGAGCACACGCCCUCCGCUCCCGUGCGCGCCUCCGUGUCCAGUGCGCGUUCACGCGGCAGACCCACAAACCCAGAUCAGAACAUGAGAAGAUGAAUACUGAAUGUGUGUCAAGGGCACAAACGUGAGGAUCACAGCGCAAUUCGAGAUGAUUUGUUAGUGAUGUGAUAGGCGUCUUUGAGCCGGACCAGCGCCGGUUCCGCUGCGGGUUCGAGUUCUGAUCCGAGGUCUUCUGUCGCUACGGGUUCGGGUUCUGGUGCGAGGCGGAUCGCGGCCUGACUGUGAUCCCGCUGCUGGCUUUUCUCUCAUCCGUGGAUCUCUUGCGGAUGCUCGACAACGGCGAUCCGAGGUUAAGUCGAGUGAUGUGUGCCGUGAAAUAUGAUGAGAAACAUUUAUGAUCCCGAAUCUUCGACUCCAUUUUGAUCUGCUGAUGGAUCUGUCAUUUCUUCAGAUGAUGGACCCGUGGAUUGUUGUUAUUGUUUCUUGGAUCCCUGAUGUUGGAUUGCUUCACAUCUGACCGGUUCUGGUUCGGAUCUGUGAAUGGGCGAAUGAAUGUGAUGAAGAUGAAUCUGAGCUGAUGAAGAUGAUGAUGAUGCUGGAUACACAGAAUGCAAGUCAGGAGAUUGGUGAGGAGGUGGAGGAGGGUGCGGUGUUCAGCAUCACGCUGAGGAAGGUUCAGAUGUAUCAGUCGUCCAGUAAGAGUCAGCGCUGGUUGGGUGUGGAUUCAGAUGCCUCUCUCAGUCUGUAUGAGACGUGUAAACUGCGCAGUAUUAAAGCAGGAACGCUGGAGCGUCUGGUGGAGUAUAUGGUCACAGCGUUCAGAGGAAACGACUCCACAUACGUCACCAUCUUCCUCUGUACGUAUCGAACGUUUGCCACCACCAAACAAGUGCUGGACCUCCUAUUGAACAGAUAUGCUAAACUUCAUCAGCAGCCGGGCGGAGACGCUCGCAGAAUGACGUCUGAUGAACGCACCGAGCUCAGGAACACUGUUUCCUCUAUCCUGGGCGCCUGGCUGGAUCAAUACUCUGAGGACUUCUGGAAGCCUCCGGAAUACAGCUGCCUGAGGAGAUUAAUCCACUACUUACAACUCAACUUCCCAGGAUCCGAUCUCGAGCGACGGGCCUGUAAUCUCCUGACCCAAUUCCAUCGGAGAUUUCAGCAGGAAUCAGACCAGGAGGUGAUCGAUCAAGGAUGCUGUGCUUUUACUCUGCUGGAAGAGAAUGGAUUCAAUGAAGAUCCACCAGAUUUCUUGAGCUUUGACCCAACGGUGGUGGCAGAGCAGUUCACACUAAUGGAUGCAGAGCUGUUCAAGCGUGUGGUGCCGUAUCACUGUCUGGGCGGCAUCUGGUCUCAAAGAGAUAAGAAAGGGAAAGAACAUCUGGCACCAACCAUCAGGGCCACAGUCACUCAGUUUAACCGUGUCACAAACUGCGUCAUUUCCACCUGCCUGAGUGACCGAACGCUCAAACCCGCACAGAGAGCCCGAAUUCUGGAGCACUGGAUUCAAGUUGCCAGAGAAUGUCGGAUCUUGAAGAACUUCUCGUCUCUGCGUGCGAUUCUGUCGGCCCUGCAGUGUAACCCUGUUCACCGGCUGAAGAAAACAUGGGAUGAAGUGUCACGAGAAAACUUUCGCAUCUUUCAAGAGCUGUCAGAGAUCUUCUCAGAUGAGAACAAUCACUCGCUCAGUCGAGAACUGCUGAUAAAGGAGGGAACAUCAAAAUUUGCCACUCUGGAGAUUAACCCAAAACGGGCUCAGAAACGGCAGCAGCCACAGAGAGAUCUGACUGUGAUGCAGGGAACUAUUCCUUAUCUGGGAACUUUCCUCACAGAUCUGGUAAUGAUGGACACAGCAAUGAAGGACUAUCUGGAUGGCGGCUUGAUUAACUUUGAGAAGAGACGGAAGGAGUUUGAAGUGAUCGCUCAGAUUAAGUUGUUGCAGUUGGCGUGUAAUAAUUAUAAUUUUCAGCGAGUGUCUGGUUUUAGUGUUUGGCUCUCCAGUGUGGAGAAACUGUCGGAGGCUGAGAGCUACAGUCAGUCGUGUGAGAUCGAGCCGCUAUAUGAAUCUGCCUCCAACACGCUGAGAGCUAAGAAGAGCUCUGGAAUUAUGAAGAGAUGGAGCGAUCGGCAGCCGGUCGGUUCGGGUGAUGCCGGCUGUAGCUCGUCCAGCAGCUCGCACUCCAAGUCCUUCGAUCAGCUGCGUUUCCCUCCGAGCGUCGGCGGUUCUGCGGGCGACGCCUGCGACUCUGUCAGCGUGACGUCUGCCGGCUCCAGCAGCUCUGACGUGGAGGAGGUGAACGUUAGCUUCAUCUCAGACUCACCGGACGCACUGGAGAGGAAGACCUCCACACCUUUUGUAAAACACUCCAGCUCUACCAUAGGAAAGUGCGGCCCCAUGGGAGACCUGAUACCCACGUUUUGGGAAUCCACAUCUCUCUCAUCACUGGACGCGUCAGGUCUAGGCUCAGGUUCUGGCUCUAGCAGUGCCUCCUCGUCUUCUGUGUCGUCCACUCCGGUGACAGGGUCCCGCUCGCACAAGCGCUCUGUCUCGGGUGUGUCCAGCUACUCGUCGCUGUCUCUGCCGCUCUAUAACCAGCAGGUGGACGACUGCUGCAUCAUCAGAGUCAGUCUGGACGUGGACAAUGGAAACAUGUACAAGAGCAUCCUGGUGACCAGUCAGGAUAAAACCCCGGCAGUGGUCAGGAAGGCGAUGGUAAAACACAACUUGGACCGCGAGAGAGCUGAAGAUUAUGAACUGGUUCAGAAAAUCAGUGAGGAUAAAGAACUAAAGAUUCCUGAUAAUGCCAAUGUUUUUUAUGCCAUGAACUCUACUGCCAACUAUGACUUUGUCUUGAAGAAGAGGGGUUUCCCCAGAGUGGGCCGAUCCAAACACGUGGCCAGCUCCACGCUGCCUCGAAUGAAACAGAAAGGUCUUAAACUCGCCAAGGGGAUCUUCUGACUUCUCUUACACGUCCGCUCCGGCUGAAGUCUGGCAGAGACGGCUGAACUCUCCGUCAGAGAGGCCAUCUGUAUGUUUACAGGCAGUCCUGUCAACUCCUAAACUACUUUCAGCGUUUUCAGCCUUGGUCUGCGAUGUCAUCGGUUCUGUUUCUGAUGUCAUUUCCUGUCAACCGUAGGUUGGUGUGGACUGAAAAUAAAUCAUACAGGAGAAACGAAGCAGUUUGUGAAAUUGUGUGCGUCUGUGUGUGUGUGUCUGUGUGCGUACACGUUCAUGAUGGUGCUAUGACGGUACCUGACUGACUGCACGCAUUUAUCUGAAUGUCACACAGGGUUGCUCGGGUCCAUUCAAUGUUUUUUUGUGUCUGUUCUUACUGCUGAAUGUCCAGGCGUUGGACAGCAGAUUGUACUAAAGCUCAUUUACGCUGAUCCAACAAACCAGCCAACUUAUAAUAUCAAUGUCUGUUGGAUGAGUAUGAACGAGUCUUUAUGUGUAACACAGCAGCAGUGCAUGAUGGGCGUAUCAUAAAAUAUGAAUGGGAUCAUUCAAACAUAAAUCCAUUUCUGACUCAUAUUUUGAUAUUUGAACGGCUGACAGCUUUUAUUGAGAGUGUCACUGCUCAUUUGCAUAAGAAAGAAGAUUAUAUUAACAAAAUGGUAUUAAAACAAAUGACAUUCAGUCACUCUGUGUGUGUGUGUGUGUGUGUGUGUGUGUGUGUGUGUGUGUGUGCGUGUGCGUGCGUGUGUAUGACUUUUUGUGUGUUGUGAAUAUUGUUGUGAUGAAAGAUCAGAAAAAAACAUUGUACUGUGAUUGACUGAAAACAGCAAGAAUGUCAAUGUAGAGAAAAACAAACCAAUCCAGAAGUGAAGAUGAAUUGUGAUUUAUAUCAAAGAGUUUUAGCUGUAAAGUCAGUGAAUGAACGCAUCUGAUACAAGCGCGUGACUUCUUUUCAGGACUCGCAUCUUUUGUACACGACUGCGCGUGAUAUGUUUUCAAUAUCGCUGAACGCGCGUUCACGUGUCGUGUUUUAUGACGGAAGGGCCAAAGAUCCGUCCGGUGACGUCAGCACUGCCCGUUUAGAUCGGACUCCUACCGCAGAUCUGUGGUGCCAUUGGUUUUUUCACUGACUUUAUAAUCUCACACGCUCUGUUUUUCUAUGUUAUUUUGUAAUCUUUGUACAGUAUAUGAGGUGUCCUUUGUACUUUUGCUUUUUAUUUUACUUGCGUACGUGUCUCAGUGUUAGUCUUUGUAUUUAUUAAUUUGUAAAUAGUUUUGUAAUGUUGUACAUUUAGGUUCCUCCCAUGUAAUUAUAAAUAAUGUGUAAAUAUGAAUAUAUCUGUGCGAGGUUCAUACCACUGCAGUUACUUUCAGCUGUCUACUCUGUUAACUAUGGUUUUAAUGUUUGUCUUGUCUUUUUUAAUUGCACAUAUUUGAUAUUGUUCUUCUUAUGAUGCACUGUUUGUAAUAUUGGAGAUGGUUACACAGUUAAUAAACACGUGCAGUGCGCUUAACCAUA